AUGGACUGUAGCUGUGUCUCGGACCUUCUCUUCGCCCCACCUGCUCUGCCGGCUCUCUGGACCCCUGGGUUUGCCUUCCCAGACUGGGCCUACAAGCCCGAGUCAUCCCCUGGCUCGAGGCAGAUCCAGCUGUGGCACUUUAUCCUGGAGCUGUUGCAGAAGGAGGAGUACCAGGGCGUCAUCGCCUGGCAGGGCGACUAUGGGGAAUUUGUCAUCAAGGACCCUGAUGAGGUGGCCCGACUCUGGGGCAUUCGCAAGUGCAAGCCCCACAUGAACUACGACAAGCUGAGCCGGGCCCUGCGCUAUUACUACAACAAGCGCAUUCUGCACAAGACCAAAGGGAAGAGGUUCACCUACAAGUUCAACUUCAGCAAAGUUGUACUUGUCAAUUACCCACUGCUGGAUGUGGCUGCCGCCGCCACCGGCUCCCCACUCUUGCUGACCCCUGGGCCCUUUGCUGGGGCGCCUGGGCCAGAUGCCCCACCCCUGACCCCCGAGACCCUCCAGAACCUGUUCUCUACCCCACGCCUAGGAGAGCCAGGGGGUCGGACACCCCUAUUCACCCCAGAGACGGAUAAAUUACGUCUGGACAGCCCCUUCCCAUUCCUGGGUUCUGGUGCCACCAGCUACUCCAAGCCACCCAGCCUGCUGGGUCCUUACAGCCGCGCCUUCCCUGAGUACCCCUGGAAUUUUAACCCAUACCUCACGGGCCCCUUCCCCAAGCUGCCCCCCUCUCUUUACCCACCUCACUUUUACCCCAACCCUUUGGGUUCCCUGGGCCACCUGCCUGCUGCAGGAGCGGGGGGAGGGCCCAUGGCUGCACCCCUGCUUGCUGCAACAGGGGAGGGCCUGGGCCCCGAGCGCCCCUCGGGGCUGGCAAUGGCCCCUCGCUUGGCACUGCCAGGGGCUGGAGGUCCAGAGGCCACACUGGCUGGGAAGGAGGACAGUGACUCUGAGCUGGAGAUCACGGACGUCAGCGGCUGCAGCUCUGACAGUGAGGGCGAUGAGGGUCUACCAGUGUCCCCCAAGACCAAGUCAGGCAAAGGGGGGAGCGGCAGUUGA